UUUAUUUUAGCAUUUUAGGAGUAAAAACGGUAUGUAUUUGGAGAUGAAACCCACCUUUAGAUGAUUUAAUAGUGUUUUUCCUUAGCAAAACUGUAUUAUUUUAACAGUUAAAGUAUUUUUUAUUUACAGAAGAAGAUAAAAUGAAAAAAAAAAUCAGAAGUUAACUUUUAAACCGGCCAUGAUGAAGGUCUACUAAGUAUAUGCUAGGAUGGGAUUAAUCACCGUAACCUUGCCAGGGAGGGUUUUCCCGCCCGAAAACUCAAUUAUAUAACGAUAUUAUACAAUAAAUUCGAAGUGAAAUGAAGCCAAAACGUUGCCACAGACGAGUAUAUGACUGGGUACUUCUGGGAAAUGUCUCAUUUCUGAGGGACAGUCUGGAGGGCAUCUGUGUGUGCACACGCUGCCUGUCACUAGCUGGGCUAGCUGCCAGCCUCAUCUUCUUUCUCCACCUCUUUCUCCUCCUCUUCCUCCUCGGCUGAAGGAAAACAGAGCGGAGAGUGGCUCCUCAAGACUCGUCCAACUCCUUUGUUGCGUAGUCUCUUCGUUAACACUUCAGUUCGUGCUUCGGUUCGGUCCAGGCAUCCCGGUGUCGUGGAACCCACCCCGCAUGCGCGCUGUGUUUGCGUUCAUUUAAACCCGGAGUUACAUUCGAGGGGAAAUGGUCGCGCAGAGGAUCCUCCGUGCUGUCAUCAUGGGACCCCCGGGCUCAGGGAAGGGGACGGUGUCUGCACGCAUCGUCAAAAGUUUUGGAGUGAAGCACAUCUCCAGCGGGGACAUUUUGAGAGCCAACAUCAAACAACAAACAGAGCUGGGCUUGUUGGUGAGGUCCUGUAUGGAUCAGGGUCAGCUGGUUCCUGAUGGGCUCAUGUCCCGUCUCAUACUGAAAGACCUGAAAUCCAUGGAGCACAUCAGCUGGCUGUUGGACGGGUUCCCUCGUACAGUCUGCCAGGCGGAGGCCCUUGAUCAAGCAUACACUCUGGACACAGUCAUCAAUCUGAACGUACCUUUCCAGACCAUCAAAGAAAGGCUGACCUCUCGAUGGACUCAUAUUUCAAGCGGCAGAGUCUACAACACUGAUUUCAACCCUCCUAAAGUCCCUGGUUUUGAUGACGUAACAGGGGAGCCUCUAGUCCAGAGGGACGAUGACAAACCGGACACAGUCACACAGAGACUGAAGGGCUAUGAAACCCAAACACAGCCUGUCUUGGAGUACUACAGAAGUAAAGGCGUGCUGAAGACCUUCACCGGGACGGAAACCAACAAGAUUUGGCCUCAUGUGGAAGAGUUCCUCCAUCGAAGAUUCUCUUUGGAAAGUCAGAGAGCAGCUUAACGAAGAAAAGCUUCAAGUUUACCUGGAGGAACCUGCUCACAAAAUGUCAACAGAACUGUGUUCUGAAUGUUCCACAUGAAGAUUUUGCUUUGUGUUCAACUUUAACAACUACUAUUGAGUUGGUUUUUAAACACUUUUGGUUUUCAUUCAUUCCAUAUGGUGCCUUUGAAGGGCUAAUCAGGGUUGGGCACAAGCUUUUUUAUUGAAAUACUACAUUCUGAUUCACUCAAGCAGCAUCAACUUUAGCAGCGUGAGCGCGAAGGUCGAUUCCAGCAUCCCUCACAGUUCACUCAAGCUAAAUCAACAAACCUAACCUCUUUUUCCAUGAAGAAUCCAUCCAGAGUAAUAUUAUGGUGAGUUUUUUUUUUUUAGACUUGCAUUAGUGUCUUAAAGUGGUGUGGAGCGGCCGACUGCCCCUCUAAGGGAAGUGUGAUGUGCAGUUGUAUGCACACAAGUGCCUUUUGCUGCUUUAGAACAGGUAGCUCAGCAAAUGUGCUUUCUUAACCUCUCCACUGGUUAAAAGAAACAUUCCUAUUUGUCACAUUUGUGGUAUUUUUCAUCAGUUUCACAUCUUAGUGGAUAUGCUGGUGAUCUUGUCGUUGAAAACAGGUGUUUAUGUAUGAGAUCUUUACUUGACACCUGCAUUAAUAAUUAAAAUCAGGCUGUAUUCAUAUUUUUUAAGUAUUUGGGUGAGUUAGCACUCAGCUCAGUGUUUAAACCUGCUAAAAGCCUUGAAGGAGCUAAUCUGCUGUGAACUGUAAUGAUUUCUGAUUUAAAACCUAAUGUUUUAUUAAAACAUGGUCACUCCAUUUCCAUCUGUGCCACCAGUAUUUACGAAAUAAUAAAUGUCUUAAAUACGA